AUGUGGAAACGAGAGCGAAUGAUGGUUGAUGUUAUAUCCGUCAAACCCGCUACACCAUUACCGCUAUCGUCAGCUUACCAGCACAGCCCUUCUUUACUGAUAAACAACAAUCAUAGCAACCUUCCUCCUCCUCCUCCUCCUCCUCCUCCACUUUUGCAAAAUAGACCAUGCUAUCCGUUUGAUAGCCAUAUCCAUGACGAUGUAAACAACUUCUAUGCAGGCAAUGAAUAUAACCAAUUUGGAGACAUCAAACCACCCAGCACAAAGCGGCCCUUAUCUGUCCAUGAAAGCAUGCCAUCCAAAAGACAGAAAUCCUUAAAUGCACUGCCAUCAUCAUCCGCAUCCACAUCCCAGCCAAAGAGCUCAUACACAUUCACUUCAAAACCGUAUGAUUACAUGGACAACAACAUCAUGUACGAUUACUGA